UCAUACUCAUUACACUGAUAUUCUACAGUUUGAAGAGAGACCAGUUACUGACUUGACAGGCAGGUUAAUGAUGAAUGUUAAGCCUAUACUGCAGUUAAUUGUGAAAUGCACUAGGGAUGCAGGGCUUCACACUUGUGCACCACUUCAACAAAUACAGAAAUUAACAAGGCUGCGAGUUAUAGAUAACAGUGAACUUGGGAAGUCGGCAAUGUUGGAAGGUCGGCCACCAAAAUGUAUUCACAUCUAUAGCAAGAUAAGAUUUGGCUAUACAGGUGACAAAGUGUUGGUUGCCAUCAAAGGUCAGAAGAAGAAGGCCAUACUCACAGGAUGCCAGAAACAAACCCAACUCAUGCCCAAGUUUGACAGUAAUAACAUUGUUUUAAUUGAUGAUAAUGGGUCACCACUUGGUACCAGGAUACUUUUUCCCAUUCCAACCAUGCUUCGUCACAAACUUGUAGAAAUGUCACGGCCAAAAGGAGCUGAUUAUACAAAAAUUUUGGCAAUUGCCACCAGGUUUGUGUAACAAGCAUAUUUGUAACCAUACAAAAUAAAUUAUGUACUGUACAUAAUUUCCAAAGUAGUCACAAUGUUUCCUGAUUUUUACAUAGAGCACUGAAAUAAUGGAUUAAAAUAUUAACAUAAACUAUGUAUUGUAGCAAAAAGUUCAUUAAAGUGUUCCAAUUAUUAA